ACACAGCGACACAAUAACAGGGAAAUACAUUGGUGUAAUGCCUUUCAGAGCCGGCCAUCAACAGGAGUUAUUCACAGCGAUCAGAGGGUCAGACCAUAGCCUGUUUUAAAGUUGCUGCCUUCCCUCCCUUUAAUUAUCCGAAUUGCUGACCGCUGGGCUGGGCACUUACAUUAUACUCGCCGAAGAGAAGCCGUCAGUCUGGGGGAGCUGUGUUGGUGGCUGCUACAAGUGAAGCGGGAAGCCCUGGCGCUGCGAACUACAAGUCCCAUGGUGCAGCUGCUUCCCCCCCCCCCCCCCCGACAAGCAAUGGGAGGAGAGUGCGGGGGAAACCUGUCCUGUGGCAGCUCUGCACUAAAAGACUCGAGUGCUUGCGCCGAGCAAGCUGCGGGCGCGGGCUCUUGUUUAGCUCCCCCGACACCGCGCUGCGCUUUGGGUCCCCCGGCAGAGUCUGAGAAGGAUCAUCAUCAUGAGCUCCAUGGAAGAAGUGGAAACUGAAGAGACAGUAACUUGUCUCCAUAUAACUUUGUACCAUCCUUGCCAAGAAGAAAAGCAGGUGUUUCGCAGCUUAAAAUUCCACAAGCGAGAACGGUGCAGGGUAGAUGACAUGGCAAAGUUUGGCCGAGAUUCUAACAUCUGCCAUUAUAAUUUAAUGGAUACCCAUGUUUCCCGGGUUCAGUUUACCCUGCAGUUUUUCAGACAACUCAACAGCUCAGAACUUGGUUUUGAGAUAAAGAACAUGAGCAAAAAGACCAAGCUAAUUGUGGACAAUGUGGAACUGGACUAUCUAAACAAAAUUGACCUGCCAUGGAAAUGCAUCAUUCGCUUUGGAGACUACCAACUCUUAAUGCAAAGACAAGAUGGGGAAUCACUGGAUUAUUUUGAGACUUGCUUUGAGUUGGCCCAAGCUUCACUUUUGCAAGAGAGACACCUGCCUUUACUGCAGCCCAUACCCGAGUGUGGCAUUUCUCCUUCUUUGGUCUAUUCCCAGGGAGUAAGACCAGUAGAAAUGGAUGAAAAUGAUUUGUGAUAGAAGGGAGAAGGUUGCUUUCAACAGUGUGUAAUACCUAAUUCAGUAUAACUUCAGGGGACCAAAUCUUAUCUCCUCAGUACACUGCAUUUAUGUUGCUUUCCAUAGUUGCCACUGCUGUGUUAUGUAUUCUUCCUCUUGCACACUGUUUAAACAUAUCAGAACUUACUCAUUUACAAAUGUCAUUAGACCUGCAUCAUCUUUAUUUAGUGUCCAUCCUGUCUCCUCCCCUCCACUGUCUUAUCACCUUCUAUGUUUGUCUGUGGUAACCCCCAAUCAGAGCACUGCUUUACCUUGUUAUAUCCAAAUUCAUGUUAUAUCAGCUGGUGUUAUAUCAAGGUAUAUACAAUUUUCAAAACCAAAUGUUUAUGACUUAAUAAGUCCCUCUACUAAAUUACAAUGCCCUUGUGUGUCACACAGAGACUUUUAAAAAAACUGAAACAAAGCUGUUAGGUGUCUCUUUAUCUUCAGCUUAGUGUUGAGUGAUACUCCCUACCCACCCAAUCCAGUGUAAUCUUAAAAGCAUCUCUGAGCUUUUCUUGUAACAUAGCAAUGCUAACUAUGAUUUCCAGCAUCCUCUCUACCUAAAUCCUUUUAGCUGGUUCAUUUAAUCCCCUUUAAAAUUUAGGAAUGUAUUUCAACGUUAUCCAUAAUUGAAUAAAAAUGGAAUCAAGAUGGUGGUCGAGGCUCAGUUCUAACAAAAAUGGAGCCGUCUGACCCUCUCCACCUUAGCAGACAACCAUAUUUGAUGGGAAAUCCUGGAGGAGCCAUGUUAGAUACUGAGGUCCAAAUGAGAUGGAAGUAUAGAGUUUGGCCCCAAGUUUCAAACAUGGCUCAAUUUCUAGCAUAGACAUUGCAUGCUCUGUGGUUGCAUUGUGUAGGCAAAAGAGGUUUGAAAUCAACAUGUACCUGCUUAGAAAUCACAGCUAGAAACUCUUUGCCACAAUGAUCUAUAGUGCCAAUUUGUAAUUGUUUAAGCAUUUCCUUUGCUGUUUCCCCAAACAUUCUUUUACCUGAAAUUUCCAUCUGAAGUGAGAGCAUGCACUCUUAGAUAAACCCACUCCUCAUUUUAUUCAGUGCUCAACUAUCUGGGCCCUAUUCAACAUUAUCCUGCAGUCCCAUUGUGCCAGCUAAGCUGGUGUAGAAGGCGAACAGGAUAGGCAUGAAAGCCACCCAAUGCAGGGAACUUCUGUAUGCCCUCCAGAGGAUCUCCAGGCACAGAGGAUAUGCUGAGGAUACAGAGGGAGGGGACUGGGAUGUGGCUGGGGGAGACCUGUGCUUUGGCAGUUCUGUGCUCCUAAGGAGACCCAGAGUUUGUGACAGCAGGGGAGCAACUUGAGGCAGCCCUCAGGGCCAGAACUGAAUUGAAGUAAGUAGAGCCAGAGCCCUGAAGUUUGUGGGAUAAGCAGCUGUUGCACAGGGGAUUACACACUCUGCGUGAAUUAAAAUUUAAAAAUGCAUAUCUAUGUGGCUAAUGUUGUUGUAGGUCUCCAGAUG